CGCUACACAAGCUACACAGAAGAGAACAGACACUUGAACAGAGUUUCAUCUCACAACUAGAGGACUCACCACUAAACACUGAGAAGAUGCUGUGCUCUCAUGGAUUCCAGUCUACCCUCAGUCCACUCAUGGACGUCUACUGUCCUGUACGCAGUCUGUGGCCAGAGGUCAGACCUCUGUUCUACCAGCAGGAUCUCCUGCAGAGAAACCUACAGGAGCUGCGCAGCAGUCUGCAGCUGAUGGACAAACUUCAGCACCAGAUCCUGGAGGAGACGGAGCCUUUCCAAAGCAGUGUGGCCGUGCAACCGGUCUCCUACCAGCUGGACAAAGAGGGAGAGCACUUUGGCCUGACCCUGGACACUCGAGGCUUUUCACCAGAGGAGCUGUCUGUCAGGCAGGUGGGCAGGAAGCUGAGAGUCAGCGGGAAGACGGAGAAGAAGCAGGAGGACGAUGAGAAAGGCUCCUACUCUUACAGACUGCAGGAGCUCAGACAGGAGUUUGAUCUGCCUGAAGGUCUGAACCCUCAAGCCGUCACCUGCUGCCUGUCCCCAGACGGAAAGCUCCACAUCCAGGCAGCCAAACAUCAACGUGUUGAGGAGGCUGAGAGAGAGCUGACCAUCAAGAGGAGCUCAGAGGAGGAAACACAGCAGAGUGUGUGUUCACAGGAACCACACAGCAGCACAGAGACACACAACAGCACAAAGGACAAACCUGGACACAUGGGCUGAUACACAUGUUGUUGUCACAAUGUAGCUUCAGUAUUUACACACACUGUUAAAAUAUGAUCAUAUGUACUUUUGUAUUUUUGUAACUGAAGAUAAAAAUAAAUGUGUGAACAGCUGAA